UCAUAAUCUUAUCAAGCUCCAAACGUGUUUACGUGACACUUUGCUUCUGAAUCUUCAUCCAAACGGCAACCUACUGUAUUCCGACGAUUCAUUGGACAAGCUACGUGUAUUUGCUACAAGGCACUCUACUCUUUGUCACUGAGAGCGACGACCCGGGUCUAGAUGAUGUCAAACUGAUGGAUCACAAUUCUACGUCGCGAUCUUUACACCUCUUUGGACCCAUAAGUAAUGGCUCAACGAAUACGAAUCUCCCAUGUUUGCCUUCAACUCUGGCUCUCUUUCAAAUGCGAACAAAAAUUCCUGGUGUUCUAGAACGUUCAUGUCAAGUAUCGUGAGCCGUGGAGUCUUCCUUUGGAGUUUUUCAAUUCAUGUUGGCGGAUCUCGCCUCUCGCUAAGCUUCCCUGUCGAAGCUCCAUAUUCGACUGGACACAUAUGAUGCUCAAAUGAUAUCAUCCUCGUCAGACAGACACGGUCACAUCCAUUCCUCAAAGUAUAAAAGGACAUCGCGACGCGCUCCUUCCUCAACUUGAACCAUCUCAUCAACAAACUUUCAAACCAAAACAACAAACUAGCACUUUAUCAUGUCUCCUGCCACAUCUCGCAAGCACGCUAAUCACGUCGUUGCCGGUCUCAAAGCAGCCAUCCACAACCCUCGUGUAUCCGACAAAGCCAAGGAACGCGCCAAAGAGAGGCUAGAAAACAUGGGUGUCGGCGUCGAAUUCGACGAAGAACACCAGAAACGCGUUCUUGCUGGAUACAAAGCGGCUCUACACAAUGAAAAUGUCUCCGACGACGCGAAAGAGAACGCUAGGCAAAAGCUUCAAGCAGCUGGCGUCAUUGAAGACUCCGAGGGAGAUCAAUUGGAGGAUGACCAGCCACCCCGCGAUGAGCACCGGAAUCAUGUUCUUGGGGGAUAUAAGGCUGCUUUGGCCAAUCCAAAUGUGUCCACCGAAGCGAAGCUUCACGCUGCAACCGUUCUUGACGAGCACAAUGCUCUGUAGUUGAUGUUGUACCG